AUCAAAAUGAACAAAUAAAAUAAAUAUAAAAAUACAAAAAAAAAAGUGACAACAAAUUGUUUGUGAAAACUAUGAGCAGGAGAUCUCCCACGAAGCAAGAUGGAAAUUCGAAAAGCGAGAACUCCACAGAGGAGGAGGAUGAGCUUGCCAUGCAGGCGGCCAUGCGGGAAAUGGUCAAGAAUGCAGAGAUGGACGAAAUGGCACGGAGGAAAAGCCAUCGCCUCAAGGCUCAGCCAACACCUAAGGAAGCGGAUACAAACAAAAAUCAAGUGGAACAAGGUUUACAGACAACUGAAUCUCCGAAAAAGGUUAAAAGUUCCAAGCCCGAGACGACGAAAGCGAAGAGCGAAGACAGUUGGGCUUCUAUUUUUUUCAAGAGAUUGUUCAGGUUUGGAAAUCAAACCAAAAGAAAGGACGGCAUCCAACAGAAAGCCUCUUCUCCAGAGCGAGACAAGCUCUCUAAAAAAGAUUCACCAAAGAAGGAUGUCAAGGAAAACAGACAGAUUUUUAAACCUCAGACCGUAAAUGAAAGGCACUCACCUCCAAGAACCUCCAAGGAGAGUUUUAUGCAUACCGAACGUUAUGUUUCCACUCCCAACCCCAUCUCUAUGCCAGAAAUCGAGGAAAUUAUAUUCCAGGAUAGCGAAUUAGGAAAUGAGCAGCUUUCGGAAGAGCUUGUGCAAAAAUUACAAAAGAUUGAAGAGGCCUCCAAGCCAAAGUCUUGGGUGAGGCCGAAACCGAUUGUUAUAAAUCCAAAGAAGAUAGCUUCUCCCACCAAAGACAUUGAGAAUAAAGUGAAGCCAAAACCGUACGAUACUACAAAGGAAAAACGUGGCCAUAUUAAUAUUUUGACAUCUUCAUUUCCAGGUAGUUUAAACUAUGUCACAAAAGGAAAAUCUGCAGAAAGUCCUAGAGAAAACUCAGCAGAGAAGCAUAAAGAUAACAUUCCUGAAAGUACUGAAAAUUCAUUUAGAAAAUAUAAAGAAAAUACUGAAAAACCCCCUGACACAAAACGGUCUUCGGAAACUCAGUUAAGAAAAUCAUUGGAUCAUCAUGAUUCGCAAAGGACUUUAACAAUCAAGGGACAUAAGCAUAUUACCACGAGAUGGGGCGAUCACUGUCAUUAUGAGGAUCGUCAAGACGGCAUAGAUAAGGUGGCCAAAAAAAAUCUGAUCAUCGCCUGUAUUUUGUGUUUUACCUUCAUGGUUGCCGAAAUUGUUGGUGGAGUUCUUUCCAAAAGUCUGGCCAUCGCCACGGAUGCAGCCCAUUUGCUGACGGACCUUGCCGCGUUUCUAAUAUCCCUGUUCGCCUUAUAUUUAUCGGGAAGGCCUUCGUCACAGCGUCUGAACUUUGGAUGGUAUCGGGCAGAGGUCAUUGGGGCCAUGAUAUCCGUGUAUCUUAUCUGGGUAGUUACAGGCAUCCUGGUAUACAUGGCCAUUCAGCGGCUGAUAAAUAAGGAUCACGAUCUGGAUGCAAAGAUAAUGCUGAUUACCUCGGCACUGGCAAUACUCUUUAAUAUUAUAAUGGCCUGUCAAUUGAGUCACGGACACUCGCACUCUAAUCUCGGGAAUCCAAGUCGAACGAAGAUCACGGAGUCACAUCAUGGGAGCGGAAGUGGAAUAAACUCUCACACGGGAUUAAGAUCCCCAUUGGGUUACUCUGUGUCCACUCAGCUCUCUGUGAAGUCUGAACGAAAUAUUAAUGUGCGGGCAGCCCUGAUCCAUGUGGUUGGGGAUCUCUUCCAGAGUAUUGGGGUCUUUGUGGCCGCCUUGAUAAUAUUCUUUAAGCCCGAAUGGGCCUUCAUGGACUCCGUUUGUACCUUUCUGUUCUCGAUUCUGGUGCUAGGGGUCACAAUUAAAAUAUUAAAGGAUGUCCUUAUGGUCCUGAUGGAGGCCACACCGGAUUACAUGGACUACGAUGAGGUAAAGCGCACAUUCCUCUCCAUUGAGGGUGUAAUGCAUGUCCAUAACUUGAGAAUAUGGGCACUGUCCAUCAACAAGGUGGCCUUGUCUGCCCAUCUGGCCAUUGCCAAGGAUGCUGAUCCACAGUUAAUCCUCGAAAGAGCCACCAGGCUGAUCCACAAGAGGCACAAAUUUUUCGAGACCACUAUUCAAAUCGAAGAGUAUUCUUCUGGCAUGCUCGAUUGUGGUCAGUGUGCGGAUCCCUUAAGCAAAAAGGAUACUCCGAAUCCCAUCGAAAUGGAAGAGGGUACUGCGGUUGGGAUUCUGAAAAAAGCAGAGAAGAAACCCAAGGCUCCGGAAACGGACUGAAAAUAACUGGAACUAUUAAAUAAUUGUAUUUAUUUUUGUAGACUGAUCAUAUUCAAUGUCUUUAGUGAUAGUAAUUGUUAUUAAGUAAUGAUAAAUUAAAUUUCGUUGCCAUUUUUGUAAUCAUUUUAAA